CGUGGUUCAUUUACCUGUUUAGCUUCGUGUUUCUGGAUCGAAAUUCAGAAUUAGUUGUGAGUUGUAUGAAAAUCCUGUGUACACGAUGAAGCGCCACAAUGCCAAGAUCACGGAGAAGGAGAAGUCACCGAGUCCACCGUCGUACUCGCCACCCUUGGGUCUAUUCAACACAUCGUCCCCGGAGGCAUCGGCAUCCUGCAACGGUGCCGUUUUGUACGUGGAUGUGGUGAAGAAUAUGCCCAAAUUGGAGAUACCACCACCACCGCCACCGCCGCCACCGACACCGCCUGAAUUUAGUAUAUUUCGUGAGGACUUUCCGGCGCUACCAGGCACCAGACUGCCCUCGAACUCAUCCUCGGCGGUUCCGGAUGACUGGACGGCCAUGUUGAGCGAUGAUGAAGACGUGGAUGAUGAGGAUGAUGAUGAUGACGAGGAUGACGAUGACGACGAUGAUGACGACGACGAGGAUGAGGAGGACGAGGGCUGCGAGGAUGAUGUCGACAGCUUGGAGGAGGUGAUCGUAAGCGAUGCCACUCCAGUGAGUGCCACCACGGAGAAGGACUUUGUGGAGGAGUGUAAAACCUUGGAAGUUUCCUCGAAUGCCGUAAGGAAGGAGGAUAACAUCGUUGCCACCAAGGAGCAAAUGGAGAUGCUCUAUGGCUAUCUGAACUCUGAAGCUCGAUUCGAUGUUAGUCUAAUCUUUAGCAAGCAGUUCUUGCACGAAGGGGUCCGGCAGAGGGCACUUAAUGGUGUCGUGGCAAAAGGCGUUCCCAAUCCAUUUCCAAAUCCCUUGAUUGGGCCACCACCUGGCUUCGAGUGCGCCAAGUUAUAUGCCCGCAUGAAGACCAAUCGCAUGGGCAUGCCCCUGGGUGGCGUGGACUUUGAACUCGUACCGCCCAUCUACGAGAAGCUGUGGAAGUCGGAGGUGCAGCCACCGCGGAACGCUGUUGAGGGAUCUUUCGGCAUGCUAGGCCUGGCCAAGGAUCUGGGAUCAAUGACAAGAAAUCCGCUUCUGAUUCCUCAGAUUCUGGAGCAUGAAUCAAAUCUGAAUCUGGAGACGCACUGCUGUGCUGGUGGGUCCGGCAGCCUUCACUCCUCCUUCUCGGGGCCUUUCCUUCCGGGGCGAUGUGCUCCCCACGAGUUGAACUUCGAAGUGCCAAUGAACUAUCGCAUGGCGGGCCGAUUGGGCCUCCAACAGCCAAAAACGGAACAGAUGGAGGUGGAGCUACUGUUUUUCUUCUUCUACACCUAUCCGGGCGAUAUGAUGCAAUUGUUGUCGGCAGCCGAACUGGCGGAGCGCGGCUGGCGAUUCCACAAGUUCGAGCGUUUUUGGAUCAAGCGGCAGGCUGAUAAUCCCAACUACGCCUACAGAGGCUUCCAGGAGUCCGGUGAAUACAACUACUUCAACAUGUUCCAGUGGAAGAUACUGCCGCGACACUUCAAGCUCGAUCCCGAGCAACUGGAACGGACCAUCACCAAGGAGGAGCUGUUCGAGAUGCACGGCUAUCAUCCCCAAAUGGCCGGCUACUAGAGUCCGCCCCAGUCGAUCUCCUGAAGAAACCGUGAUCUUCCUAUUCGUCUCGUCGAUGUCGAAUUUUUUUAUACAACAAACAGUUUUUAAAUCAAAUGAAAACUUGAACAAACACUACGCUUGCGUUCUUCUACUUUCUAUAAAAUGAUUUGAUAGAAUUUUCUAGAGGAGAUGAUAAGUCUUUUUAUAAGCAUUUAAAAGCAAAACAAAAAAAUACAUACCAAAUUAUUGUAUUCUUUAUAAAGAUAUAGUAAAAUA